AUGGCGCGAAACUCGGAGAAAGCCCAGUCGAUGCUCUUCCGCUUCCGCGAAGCGCAAGCGGCGGACCUGGGCAUCAUCGACGCGGGCCGCACCCGCCGCCCCAAGGCGAUCACCGAAAUCGACUCGAUCCCCGUGGCCGAGAAAUGGCGAGGCCAGGUCCUCAAAGAGAUCUCGCGCAAGGUGUCCAAGAUCCAGGACUCGGCCCUAAGCGACUACCAGAUCCGCGACCUCAACGACGAGAUCAACCGCCUCAUGCGGGAGAAACACAUGUGGGAGGUGCAGAUACGGAACCUCGGCGGCCCCAACUACAUGCGCGGCGGCGCCCGCGUGUACGACGAAGCAGGUCGCGAGAUCCCCGGCGGAGGCAAAGGGUACCGCUAUUUCGGUCGCGCGAAGGAACUACCCGGUGUGAAGGAGCUCUUCGAGGCGGCCCAAGCGCAGGCGGGCGAGAAGAAGGGACCGGACAAGUCCGAGUUUCGGCGACCGAACGUCGACGCCGCAUAUUAUGGCUACGCCCCCGGAGAAGAGGACGAAGAACUCCUGGCGUACGAAGCGCAGAAGGAGAAGGAGGCAUUCGAGAACAUGCUCAGGAACGGGCCGGGCAAAAAAGAACCCCCACCAGGCUGGGAGCCGUUGCCGGGAGACGCAGGAGAUGGUAAUACUUGGGUGAUUCCAACCAUGGAGGAGGUGCAGCAGGAGCUCAUCGAGCGGAGGAGAAAGCGGUUGUUGGAGCAGAUCUAA